GUGGUCCCUGCGACCCACAGCGCUUUUCAAGUGUUAUUUUUGACAUUUUGUUUGGUUUUUAACCCUAAACGGCUGUGACCCAAACAUUUCGUUUAUAGUAAAUGAGGGUAGUGUUAUUUUGUUAGUUGUUUUUGUCUUUCAGUGAGGAGAUUCCUUGUGUUUUUUGCAAAUUGGUCGGCAAUUUUAACGUCUGUGUUUGACAAUCGCAGUGCGGCAGUGGUUCCGGGAAUUUACAUUGAAAUAGAGUUUUAUUGGCAGUUUAAAUUGAUUUGAGUGCAGUUUCAGCAGCAAGUGGCUUGGUAUAAUUUGUGUUGCUGAAAGAAAUGCAAGUAUUAUCAGACCCAGUAAUGCACUGAACGCAAACGUCAAAAAUCCAAGAUGGCGUCAGUUGGCGCGCUCCUCGAGGCGCGGCCCUUCCGGCCCUUCAAGUCUUCGGAGGAGUACCUGUACGCCAUGAAGGAAGACCUGGCGGAGUGGCUGACAGGCUUGUACCCCGAGUUGAGGAUCAGCGCUGACAACUUCCUCGACCGACUGGAUACCGGCGUCGCUUUGUGCAGGCACGCGAACGCAGUCCGCGAAUCAGCGCGCAGCAUCGUGGACUCCCCCACGGAGCCCGAAGACGCCGUGACACUCGCGCGCGCCCUGCGCUCCCGCCCCCCAGUCAACAUGCUGCCAGCCGCCAAGGCAGGCACCUUCUUCGCACGAGACAACCUGUCCAACUUCAUCGACUGGUGCCGCAAGUCCCUAAGCAUUCUCGAGUGUCUGCUGUUCGAAACUGAUGAUCUGUGCCUGAGGAAGAAUGAGAAGCAUGUGGUGUUGUGUCUGCUGGAGGUGGCGAGGAAAGGGGCGGUGUUGGGGAUGCCGGCGCCGCUGCUGGUGCAGAUGGAGAAGCAGAUUGAGAGGGAGUUGGCUGGAGAGGAGCUGAGGCCUGAUGAUUCAGCGCUGGGCCUGGUCCCCCUCGGCCCGCAGCCUCAACUAGUGACCAACGACCUGCGCAGCCUCGACGAGCGGGUGCGCGACCUGGUGGAGCGCUGCUCGUGCCCCACGCAGUUCCCCAUGGUGCGCGUCUCCGAGGGGAAGUACCGCAUCGGGGACACCAAGAUACUCAUCUUUGUCAGGAUCCUGCGUUCCCACGUGAUGGUCCGUGUGGGAGGCGGCUGGGACACCCUGGCCCACUACCUGGACAAGCACGACCCCUGCCGCUGCCGCGCCCAACACCGCUCCACCCUCUCCGCCCGGCUAGCCAGACCCAAACCCGACUUGGCUGGAGCCACAGUCACCUACGAGAGAGCUCAGCAGAAUGACUCGCCCUACGGACCAGGAUCGCUCCCGUAUUCUGGCAAGGUUGAGAGGAACCUUGACCAGCCGAUGUCGCUGCAGUAUGCCCCGAAGGUGUACAGUGAGGAUCCGAGGGCGCUCCAUUAUCAGAGCAACCACAGGCUUGAUGGUAACAGCCUGCCCUACCUCGGCGACCUGGACCGCUCAGCGUCCCCCAGCCGGCGCCACCUGGCCCCGCGCUCCGUCAGCCCUGGACGCAAGUCGGCCUCCCCGGACCGGCGCGCCCGGAUCAUCCCCACCACACACCUGGUGCCUACACCCCACGCCACCAGGAACCGCAGCCCCCGCCCCGCCUCCCCGCCGCCUGCUGCAGAGAGCGCUUCAGAUAAUGGUUCUGAAGUGUCAGACGAAGGGUACAGGAGCCUGGGUGUGGUUGCCGGGUCCACGCAAGGGUCCCCGUCGACUGGCAAAGCGGCGAGUAAUAGGUACUCGCUGCACAGCCAGAAUUCCAUUGAAGACGCUGAGUUUAGUGAGCGUCUCGACACCGACGACGGGUGCCCGCUGGCCGACAAGGUGGACGACUACGUGAGCCUCACCACCGGCCUGCGCAAGACCGACUUCUCCGGAACCUUCUACGGAGCCAAGAAGAACAGCGCUGAACAGGACAAGUCCAACAGAAACAGCCCCGAGAGGGUCGUCGUCCAGAACAAUGACUCCCCAAGCAAGAGCCUCAGGCGGGAACCCACCGAGUCACCCACCAAGACCAUCAGGAGCCGCCAGGUCAGCCGCAUCCCGCACUCCCCCGUCAGGAACCGAACCCCGAGCCGCGGGAACACCCCCAGCCCAAAACACACGCCAAAUACAAACCAGACGUCACCCAAAUUAACCCCCAAACUGCCUCCAGCGGCCAGGAACACCUGGAGCGGCCGGACCGCCCCGGGACAGAACAAGGCUAAAGCCAGACCUGGCCUCACCGCAGACACCUUCGAUAACCCCAACAAGUCGCCCAAGGCGAAGCCGAAAGCCUCCCCACAAUCGGAAGCUUUCAAACGAAACUCUCCCCUAAGAGCCAGCAGCGUGACCCUCCGGUCGCCCACGAGCCAGAAGCCGCUCAGUCCUCUUCUGGAGCAGAUCCUCCGAUCCACCGAAAAAGCUAAAGAUGACGCGACAGUCCUGGAGAAAGUCAAGGAGAUAAUUCGGCACUACUCUAAAGGCGACGACAGUUUAUCCAGGACCAGUUCGAAGGAUUCGGACUAUGCUGACUUCACGUCGGCGUGGGUGAUGUCUGAUGGGAAGCUGGAGCGGUCAGCGAGCACGCGGCAGCUGGCGGCGCCGCGGAAGGACCCCCGGACCGGCGCCUCCCGGAUCCCCGCGCCCGUGUCGCUCGGCUGCCGACGGUCCACCUCCACCUCACAGUUCCAAUGACAGGACUCUGACAGUGAUCACUGAAUCAGCGGUUAAGACUGUU